AUGUUUGCUCUUCUUUUGGGCUGUGCUGUCUCUAGGCGCUCCUACAGACAUCACAUGAUUCAUUCUCCAUAUCAUUAUGCUGAAGCUAAUGGCGCUGGCACAGGUGUCGUCUCUGCAGGCGGCGUCGGACUUAACAUCAGAAGCGGACCAGGUACAAACAACCCAGUUAUUGGCCCCGCAGCUGAUGGCUCUACAUUAUCAGUUACAGGAUACUCAAACAACUGGUGGCAAGUCAAUUUCAACGGCAGAACAGGAUAUUGCUCUGCUGAUUACUUAAUCGUUAAUGGUCAAGUCAAUUCUAACAUCGGUGUCAACAUCCGUGCUGGUCCAGGCACAAACUACGGUCGUGUUGGUGGCCUCGGCAAUGGCGCCGGCAUCAAGAUCAAGGGAAUUUCCAGCAACUGGUUCAAGAUUGACCAGGGUUGGGUUUGCGCAGACUACAUCAACUUAGUUUCCGGACCAGCUCCAGGCCCAGCUCCAGGACCAUCCGGUCAAGUUAUCCGCCAAGGCGAUCCAAGAUUCAAUGCCAACAUCAGACGAUGGGGCUGCGGUUUCAUGUCACUCUGCUGGCUCGGUGGCGUCAACAGCAUCGACGGAUGCAACGCUAACUACAACAGAGCCAUUGCUAAUGGCUGGAUGAGAAGCGAUUGCUACAUUCUCAGCUGGGAAGCCAUCAAGCCACUCACAGGUGCCAGAACAUACCGUUAUGGUGGCCGUGGUGCAGGUGCUGCUGGCAAUGAGAAGGAAAUUCUCCAAUGCCAGAAUGCCAGAACAUCAAUGCACUUUGUCGUCGGCAACAAGGCUGGUGGUAUCGAAUACGAUCCAGCUUACGUAGGCUCCGUCGCUUACAACGAUCACGUUUCUAAGCGCUUCUACGGUUACUAA